AUGUUUUUUGUAGUCUCUGAUGCAUAUUCGAAGUGGAUAGAAGUCAUUCCGAUGAAAAAUAUUACAGCUAGUUUUACAAUUCAUCAUCUUCGUAUUCUUUUUGCUCAUUAUGGAAUUCCCUUAACUUUGGUUAAUGAUAACGGCGCAAGUUUUACUAGUUACGAAUUUCGACAUUUUUUGAAACUGAAUAAUAUUAAACAUAUAACUUCAGCACCGUACCAUCCUGCUUCGAACGGACAGGCAGAAAGAAUAGUGCAGUUGUUCAAAGCUUCGUUGAAAUCGAGUAGAGGUGAUUCUGGAGAUCUAAAUGUGAAAUUACAAAGAUUUUUAUUACAGUAUAGAAUAACUCCACAUUCACUCACGGGAGAAACUCCGAGUGCCUUGUUUUUGAAGAGAUGUAUUCGCACUAGGCUUGAUCUUUUUAAACCAAAUUUGAGAGACAAAGUUGUUCAGAAACAGAGUUCGAGACUUAACACAGAAUCUAUCUUGCGUGAGUUUCAGGAAGAGGAGAAAGUAGCCGUAAGAAAUUAUUCCGGACCUAACAAAUGGAAAAUUGGAACAAUUAUAAACCGAGAUGGAACUUUGAGUUAUAGCAUACAAGUUGGAAAUGAAAUUUGGAAGAGACACGUAGAUCAAAUAAGGAAAUGUGGGAAGUCGAUUGAAUUAUUCCAAGCUGAUACUGAAAUUCCAAUUUACGAUAAAGAAUUGAAUUUUCCAGAUGAGCCAGUAUCCGAUGAUGUUGCUGAAUCGGAACCGCCUGCACCUGUACCUGAAGUUGUCCCUGAACCUAAGGAUGUACCUGUAUCUGCCACUCCAAUUGAUGAUAUGCCACCUAGCCCUGUACCAGACGCUUCCGGAAAGCCGAAAACUGAUGUGCCACUCCGACGCUCAAACCGAAUCAGGAGACCUCCAGAGAGACUGGUCCUGUGA